AUGGGCAGAGAAAACGUCGAGUUCAAGACCUCGGAUCGGGUCACAUUGAGAGGAUGGUUCUACACCAGCGACUCGGCUGCCGGGAAAGCACCAUGCCUCGUCAUGUCCCACGGCUUCACGGCCCUCAAGGAAAUGGACCUGGACGCUUUCGCUGAAUACUUUGUGUCCAAACUGCCCAUCACCUGCCUCGUCUACGACAAUCGCGGCUUUGGUGACAGCGAUACCGCCGAAGGGGAGCCGAGGAGUGAGAUCAUCCCCAUGACUCAAUGUAGUGACAUCUCCGACGCCAUCACCUAUGCUUCGACAAGGCCUGAAGUUGACCCGGACAAGAUUGGAAUCUGGGGUUCGUCAUACAGUGGCGGCCACGUGCUAUACGUCGGGGCUGUGGAUCGAAGAGUCAAAGCCGUACUCAGCCAGGUCCCUUGCGUCAGUGGAUGGGACAACUUCAAUCGUCUUGUGCGUCCAGAUUUUGCGGUCGGAUUUAAUGCGACCUUUGCUGCAGACAGAAUUGCACGAGCCGAAGGAAAGGAACCUGGGAUGGUUCCUGUAGUGGAUGCUGAUCCUCUGAAGCCAUCUGCACUGCCGACACCAGACAGCUACGAAUUCUUUACCGCCUGGGAGAAGAAGUCUCAGUGGAAGAAUACCUGCACUGUCAAGACAGUCGAGCUCUUCCGCGCUUAUGAGCCGCAGCAACUCAUUGACAAGAUCUCGCCGACGCCGCUCCUCAUGACGGUUGCAAGGGGGGACGUGCUUACACCAGCAGACCUUGCACUCGGGGCAUUCGCCCGCGCAAAAGAGCCCAAACAACUGCAACUGUUACCUUGUGGACACUUUGAAGCGUAUUCCGGACCAUAUUUCGAAAGGAAUGCUGGAACUCAGACCGAAUUCUUGAAGAAGUGGCUGGUCGAGGGUGGUUGA